AUGUGUUUUGAUCGCAUUGUUUGGGAAUAUGAACAUGCUGACUACGAAGCAUUACGUGAAGAUAUAAAUACCUAUACAUGGGAAAACUGCUUUGAUGCAGAUGUUAACAUAUAUGCGAAUAACGUAAUCAAUCAGAUACAAACAAUUGCUAAAAAUAACAUCCCUAACAAAUUGAUUAAAGUAAGACCAUUAGAUGUUCCAUGGAUGACAAACUCAAUCAGAGUUAAUAUCCGUAAACGAAAACGUCUGUAUAAAAAAGCUAGAAUGACAAAUUCACAAUAUUACUGGCAAAGAUUCAAAUCUAUUCGUAAUGAAACAAUAUUAUUGAUACGGGAAGCCAAGUCAAACUAUUUUUGUAAACUCUCUAAUAAAUUGAAAAAUGAAUCACUUUCGUCUAAAGACUGGUGGAAGACUCUGAAAUCUUUUAUUUCAUCAACAAAUAAUAGUAGCAUUCCACCACUGACAGACCCCUUAAACAGAAAUAUUGUUUACUCAAAUAACGAUAAGGCAAAUCUUCUAAAUAACUUCUUCGUAGAACAAAUGUCUAUUAACGAUGAGAACAGAGAUCCACCUUACCUUAGUUCACCACUUUCCUGUCUCAACGAUAUUGUGCUUAGCCCUCAUGAAGUAAAAGAUGUUCUUCUUUCGUUACAAGUUGACAAAGCAGUAGGUCCAGAUGGUAUAAGUAAUAGAAUUUUACGCGAGGCUUCUCAUGAACUAUCUUCCCCCUUGUGUGACUUAUUCAAUGCUUCUCUACGAUGUUGUGAAGUUCCAAUUACAUGGAAAGAGGCGAAUGUCACUGCAGUUCACAAAAAGGGCGAUACAUCUCUCCCAAAUAACUAUAGACCCAUAUCACUUUUGAACACUACAGAAAAAGUUUUUGAACGUCUUGUAUUUAAACACAUCUUUAACUUUCUCAAAGUAAAUAAUUUUCUGUCUACUGCUCAGUCUGGUUUUAUCCCGGGUGAUUCUACUGUUAAUCAGCUUGCCUUCAUUUAUGAUACCCUUUGUAGAUCACUUGACAAUGGCCUCGAAGUUCGUGUGGUUUUCUUUGAUAUCAGUAAAGCGUUUGACAAGUUGAACAUCCUAACACAGCAGCCACACUUCUUCAGUCUGACAUCCAAAAAAUCUCUUUAUGGGCAGAAAGGUGGUUAG